AUGAUCCCGAUGGCCGUGUCCGUAGAUAAGGACAAUUAUCCGGUGGCCUCUGGGUCGGACUCGGAACGUAAACGACUCUGCAAGAGCUACCGGUUCCUUGUUGUGGCUGAGCAAUCGGACGAGCUUUUCCACGUGAGGCGGUUUGUGGAGAAUACGAACGAUGACGACCAUACAACUCCAUACACGACGGUCGGUUUCGACGUUCACAAAUACGUGCCGGAGACGGGAUCGCUCGAGUACAUGGAGGGUUGCCUGCAGGGGCAGGCAUUGUUUGUGGGCAGCAGCAAUGGGUUUGCUCUCCCGGCUGAAGACUACCCGGACGAUCUAGAACGGUGCUGCGUGUACUACACGGCCCCACCACAGUGGGUCGGAGGAGGCUACGACCCACCCACCCGAGAUGAGAGGGAGAAUGCGAGACAAAGAAAGGAAGCAUCGCGGGGUACAUAUAAAUGCGUUUACUGCGACUUCAAGUGUGACAGCAAAACCCACAACGGGUAUCAUAGUUUCAGUUACCACGCGUGUACGUGGCUUUGA